AUCAACUUUCUAUCCUCUCAGUAGGCCAGCUUACGUGAUGCCCUAUCUCGUGUCGAAUUCGUCACAGGCGCACAAAUUUUCUAUGGCAAACUCUGCACACGCGAAAAGAGAAACAUUCUCUCCCGAAAGGCCGCGUGAGACGAGCACUAGAUUGGUUCCGUCACCUCCGCCGCCGCCUCGACUCGAGCUUGAGCUCAGUCUCGCCCCCAUUACGAACGACGAAGCCCACGCCGGUCUCUCAGACACUCGGCAAUGGGAUGAAGGCGAUCAGAAACGAUUGGGCGAGGAAACCGAGUUCUCGACGCAUAUUUCGCCUGCGUCGAUAUCUUUGCAGUCAACGAUCGCGAGACUUUAUCCCGAAGAACGCGUGCAUGCUGGUUCUGCAGUCGCCGCCCGUCAUCAAGCAAAACAUGAGUCUCACUAUGCAGUCGUCAACUCGGAGUCCCGUCAAGCCGCCGCCGGCGAGUCUCGCAUCCAAGGAGCAGAUGAUUUGCGCUACUAUACACGAUCUGGGGGUGUUCCUUGUGCUGCAAUUCGCACCCAUGUACUUCCAACGAUUGACCUCAUCGACAGCUUGAACCCCCUGACGACCGAUCCAAGAAAUCUUUCCGUUCCGGGGCCCAAUUUGGAAAUACUCCCAUCAGAUCUCAACCGUCCAUCUACCACAUCUCACAGGGGACACCGUGGCCUUCCUGUCGCCCAGGUCUCGCCAGCGGAGCGUCGGAAUCUUGAGCAUGGAGCGUCUUGGAUGUACCGUGACUCCCAUGCAACUGCCACUACCAGCAGCGCCGCGGGAAGAGGAACCGAGGCGAAUCUGAACCUCCAGACGGGGGGAGCAUGUGGUUCCGUGUCGCGCGACCUGGCAGCAGUGCAGCGGCAGGCGGCAGUGGGCGAGGACUCGCCGCAGGUGCGCGCGCGGGACUCCAUGGUCGCCGUCGUCAUGGCUGCUGCUGCUGCUGCCGCCGCUGCCGCCAGCGCCAGCGGCUCAGACACAGCAGCAGCUGCAGGCCUAGCGGCAGCCAACGCAGCCGAGGCAGGAAUGUCCCAAAAGGGGUCUCUUCUGGCCGCCCACCAGCUCGGCCCAGUGCUUAGGAACGCCACAGUUCUCCCUGCUUCCCUCUCCCGUGUUCCACCCACCCAGCUCAGCCUUCCAGCUGCCCCUGCUCCUGCUGUACCGUCCCCGGUCCCUGCAGCUGCAGCAUCAGCCUCAGCAAUGUCAGCAGCGCUCUCCGGCCAGGCAUUGAUGGGCAUGCAUGCCAUGAUGCUGGCUGUUGCUGCUGCCGGUGCUGGCCAGCAGCAGCAUCGCAUGGACUUAGCAGCAGCGCACCGCCGCUUCGCUGUUGAGUCAGCAGCUGCGGUGGUGGCAGCAGCACCCACAGAGACGGCAGCAGCUGCUCAGUCCACAGUCUCCCAGCCUUCCCCCUCCGCCGCGUUCCCCUCCACUACCAACGCAGCUACAACCCCCGCUGCUGCUGCCGGAACAGCCACAGCUACGAACGCUGCUGGAACGACUGGCACAAGUGGCAGUGGCAUCAGGGCCAGUGUUUGUGGUAGUGAUGGCGGCAUGGCCCCUCGCGUCAGCAAGCUGCUGGCCAAGUGGCUGCGGUCGGACGACGAGGGCCCGCACGUGUGCCCCGUAUGCAAGCAGAGCUUCCCCACGGCCGUGGGCCUCAAGCAGCACCAGCACGACCGCUGGCGCUGCUCCCUCGGCUCCCAGCCCAUGCACGCCUCUGCCCCUGCUGGUGCUGCUGUGCCUGGGCCAGGUGAUGGGGCAGCCGUAACAGAUGGUGGUGGUAGUGCUGCUGUUGCUGCUGCUACUGCUGCUGGUCGUCGAGGGGGUUCUGGUGUCAGUGAUGCUGGCGAUAGAAUCAGAAACACUGGAGGGAAGGGAAAUGAACGGAAAGGUGAUGGGAGGCGGGGUGAUGGAAGGAGCGGUGAUGGGCAAGGAACUGCCACCAGCACCAAGACGACGAGGGACAGCACAGGGAUGCUGUGGCCUCGGCUGUCCAUACUCGAGCCAGUUGGGAGUCCAGGAGCUGCCAGAGGAAAGGGUGGCAUUGCCCGGAAAAUACAGGGCAGGGAAAAGGGGGCUCCUGGAGGUGGCGGGGUGAGGAGCCCUGAGAGGCAAGGUGCGCGGGCAGGAGAGGCGUCGGGCAGCAAGCGAGCACAGAGCGAGAUCGUGUCUGGUGACUCGCUGAAGGAGCACAUGGCAAAGCGGUCACUGAGCCAAAGGCAUGAGAGCGAGCAGCCAGAGAGCGCAUCAGCGAGCGCGGUACUGCUCACACGGCAGCCCAGCUUGACCAACACAUCCCCCCCACAGCGAAUCUACUGCAGUGCUCCCUCCGCUGCCUCCCCUUCCUCCGCCUCGGCCUUCUCUCUGCCGUCUCAUCACUCGCCCAUGACAGCUGGACUCCAGGGGGCGGAAGGCGGGCAGGGGGGACUGGGAAUGUACAUGCAGCAGCACCGCAGCGGAAUGAAUGCAACGCCUGGUGGCACCAUGCUGAGCCCGUCCAAGCGCCUCCGCUCAGGGGAACGGGACAUAGACGGCCCAGGGAGUGGCUCACAAGCGGCUGGUGGAGGCGGAACGAGGGGCAGCGCUGUAGAGGUCCACCUUCCAAGGGACUUUGAUUUGGCAAAGUAUGAUGGGCAUGAUGUGAAGAGGCAGCGGGAAGGCAUGGCGGGUGAUGGCAUGGCAGAAGAUGAGUCGAUGCAUGGGAGUGUUGCGGCCCAGGCAGGAGCGGCUGAUGUGACUGCCAUGGCUGGAUGGCUGAGAGCAGCUCAUUUGCGGCGAGAGGGGCCGUGGGGACCUUCGGAAUCCGGCUUCCCUGCUGGCAGCGGUGUUGAAGGCAGGCUUGUGGCACCUGGCAGGGCUGCAACAGAGACCGGAGAGGGGGAUCGAGCAGGUGGAAGGGAAGACCAGGUGCGUGGGACAGAGGAGGCAGUGCCAUUUGCGAUGGACGCGCAGCGCUGGCACAAGACACAGCGCUCGCGGGUGGAGGUCCUUGAAAUCAACCUGCCCCCCUGGCAGGCACCCGACCCAUCUCGCUCGGGCUCCCUUCCACGGCAGGCGGAGAGAGGCGCCGGUCUCACUGCACCAGACGAGCUGCCCUCUCGCGCUCUCAACUCCUCCACUGCAGUCUCUUGCUCCAUCGCUGCCCCUGCUGCUGCUGCUGCUGCUGCUGCUGCUGCCUUGGCUGCUCGUGGUGCGAGUGAGAGGGAAGGAACAGGACUGGGCUUUGACCUCAACAUGGCGCAUGGUGAUCAGGACGAUGACGAGAAUGGCAGACGCAGUGGCAAGCAACAGACGCCAGCAGCUGGAGGCCCCAGCGAUGCGUUGCGAGGUGGAGAGCCGGGUGUGAAGAUGUGGAGCAGGGCGGGAACAUCAGAUGACACUCACAGAGGAACCACCGGUACAGCCGCGCCUGGCAUGAGCGUCCCCGCAUCCUGCUGCUCCUGGAACUGCGUCUUCUUCUCCCUUCCCUGCCGCAGAAAGUCACGGGUUCAGACAGCAGGCAGGCAGGCAGGGAAAAGAGGCGAGGCUGCAGUGGAAGAGUGUGGGCCAGCUGGAAGGAGUGAGCCUCUCCAGGGAGGAAUGCGCCAGCCUUCAGAGUCUGUAGGCGUUGAGGGGAUUAGCAGGCAGUAAACUGGCCAAUUCUUUCAGGGAGACAAAGGAGGAGGAAAGUGGACACUGAUGAACCCAUCAUUGGCAAUGAGGGUAUGUGGCGAGUCUGCUGGUUGGAUUGAGAAGCAUGCCUAGCAGAACCUGCCUCAGCAUUAUGCGUACCUUAGUGCGCACAUGUACGUUUUUCAUCUGAACGACCAUCUUGGUUAUAUAAAUCCGUUUGAAUUCUCAGACUUGGUGUAGGCACUUGUCUGAAUUUCCAGAUAG